ACAGACAGAGAGAGAGAGAGAGGCACCAACUCGCUGCGACUCUGAACGCACCGCACAUAGCCUACAAAGUAAACGGGAGGACCGCUGCGCUCGUGCAGGAGAGCUGCUCGUUUCACCCGUGGAUACUAUCACACAACAAUCGUCGUCUCCACACCGCUGUCCGUGGGAUACUCUGGCUCCAUCCUCUCGAUUUCACAGUUUUUUCGGAUCACCCCCCUCCCUCUUUUUCUUUUCUUUCUCAUCUUUCUUCCCCUUCUCCUCAUCCUCGAGCAUCCUUCCCUUCUCGCAAGUCGUCUUGCCCGCCUGGCUAACUUUUUCCACCCACCUCCAUCCCUCACACUAUCCCUGCUCCAUUGCUCACCAGCCCACGGCAGUUCACCCGCACCCCCCCCCCCGCACACCCUCCUUCCCCCCCUCCACCACCCACCAGGUCCUCCUCUUAUUGCGGCAGCCUCCCCUGGAUCGGGCGGAACCCAAUUUUUUUGGUCAGACUACCACCGGGGCACUACUACAUGGGGCGCGCGGUCUCGCACGGAAAAUGGUCCGCUCGCGGUCUCUAGGCUCGUCGCUGAACCUGCCGGGAUUGGAGUUGUCGGUGCGAGUCUGCGUCUCUUCCCCACCUCGCCCGUGCUGUCGGGGCCAGUGAGACAUGGGUCCCUCCGCGGCGGCGGCGGCGGCGCGGGCACCGCUCGAGGAGCCCCAGCGGCUGCGCCAGCGGGGCGGGACGGCGGGAGGCUGGCUCAGGAUCACCCUCGUCUCGUUCCUCGCCACUUUACCUGUGGAGCAGCUGCGCGCCUUCCCCUCGUCCCUCAGCGACUGCCAGACGCCAACCGGCUGGAACUGCUCCGGUUUUGAUGACCGGGACACAGACCUGUUCUUGUGCGACACCAACACAUGCAAGUUCGACGGGGAAUGUCUACGGAUUGGGAACAUGGUGACGUGCAUUUGUGACUUCAAGUGCAACAACGACUAUGCCCCAGUGUGCGGCUCCAACAAUCAGAACUACCAGAACGAGUGUUUCCUGCGCAGGGAUGCCUGCAAGCAGCAGUCUGAAGUACUCAUUAUCUCAGAAGGCGCCUGUCCUGCUGAUGCAGGCUCAGGAUCAGGAGACGAUGGAGGAGAGGGCUCCACCGAGGCAGGGCAGAAGGAAACGUCUACCUGCGAUAUUUGCCAGUUCGGGGCUGAAUGCGACGUGGACGCCGAGGAUGUUUGGUGUGUUUGCAACAUCGACUGUUCCCACAUCAGCUUCAACCCGGUGUGUGCCUCAGACGGUCGUUCCUAUGACAACCCCUGCCAGGUGAAGGAGGCGUCCUGUCAGAAGCAGGAACGCAUCGAGGUCAAGUACCUGGGCCACUGCCAAGGCGACAUCAAAGGCGGAGACGGACACUUUGCACGGACCAACACAGAUGAGGAAAAAGAGGAUCCGAGGAACGAGCUGGCCCGCGGCCUGUACAUCCCCUGUCCAGAUCACUACAAAAACUACUGCGUCCACGGGGAGUGUCAGUUCCCAAGUAUCCCGGCUCAGCCCUCCUGCAGCUGUCACUCGGGUUUCAGAGGCCCCCAGUGUGACAUCAAAGAGUACAACGUGCUCUACGUGGUUCCAGGCUCCGGCAAACUGCACUACGUCCUCAUCGCCUCCAUCAUUGGAGCACUCCAGGUGGUCAUCAUCUGUGUGGUGGUGCUCUGCAUUACCAGGAAGUGCCCACGGACCAACAGGAUCAACCGGCAGAAGCAGAACAACGUCCACUUCAGUACAGAGAACACCAUGCGCGCCUCCACGCGGCUCAUCUGAGCCCGGACACACACCGGACAGAGUCCCACCUCUGCUUUACGGAGCGCUGUGGCGUUAGAUGUUCCCCCUCCCCGUAGGCCAACCCCGAAAAUUAGGAUCUGCUUUCCCCCCACUCCUCGCCCUCUUCUCUUCCAGUACGAACUUCAAGGAUGCCCAGGGAGGAUGGCGGUAAAGCAAGGAGGAUGGCGGUAAAGCAAAGAGCUGGCGUACCAGUCAGAGAUGAGACUCGCACAUUUGGGGUAUUGUUGACAUCAGUCCCCAACUGCCACCAACCCCCUCAGGUGCAGAUGUGUCUCCCUGUACCGUGUCACUUCCCCCCCAGGGUUUUUUCUGAAAAACUGAACUAUGAGGUGUUGGGGUGGCAAUGGGGAUACUGAAUGUGUGUGGGUGUGUGUGUGUGUGUGUGUGUGUGUGUAUGGGGGAGUGUGUAUUAGAUGUGUGAGCUUUGGUAGAGGCGGGCUAGCCGGUGUCUGUCGUUUCUAGAUGAGGGGGUCAAAGCAAAGCGGGGUAGCGCAAAGCAGGGUAACGGGCUUUAAAUGAGUUGCGUGUUGUUUGGUCCGGGAGGGGGUGUGGGGGGGUGGGAGGGUUUUUCGGGGCUACACGUGAUGCCUUUGCACCUUGUGUUAUAGGAGACCUUUGACAGAGGGCACAAUGUUAUUAUAGAGCUCUCUGUUCGGUUGUGACGAUGACGUCGGCUUCUGUAUCUUGGGUUCUAUUUCCAAUAGUUAUUACUACAUUGUCUUGAUGGGGUCAUUUUUCUGUAAAUGUAAAUAAAUAAUUUAUAUCACGAAAUGUAACAUGCUGUGUCGCUCUUUAUUUGUGGUGUGGUGAACUUAUUUUACAAUGACCAGGCAAUAACUAGAGGCUAUAGUAUCUACUAUUGUCACAAUGUUUUAAGUAAUGUAUAUUAAAAUUGGGCUAAUCUGGUAACAAUAUA